AUGAAAGGCUGCUCUAUGUGUUCAAAACGGCGUAUCCGCUGUGAUAAUAGCCGGCCAACUUGCACAAAAUGUCUUCAAAAGGGCCUCGACUGCCCUGGAUAUGAGCCUAAACUCCGGUGGGUCGGAGGCCCAGCUGUCCGGGGUCGCUUGAAGGGAUUUCAGCCCCAAGGCUCAUCCGCAGACAUACAGCCAAGCGUCGAUACAUCUUUUCACUCGUUCCUCGGAUACCCGUUACAAGAACUGGUUGAUUACUACGACAAGCAACUAUGCAAGAUCAUGGUGUGGGUGGACUCAGCUGACAACAUUUAUCGAAGAUACGUUCUUCCUCUGGCGCAGACGAAUCUCACGGUUCGGCUCUCUGUGGCUGCCGUCUCUGCUCAACAUGCUGCAGCGUCUCGCGGAGCCUGUCUCAUGUCUGAGGAUGCCCGAAAUCAAGCUAUUUCCAUGAUAUCGAGGCACAUCACCGAUGUGACGAAUCAUCUCGCCAACGGACACGAGAUUGACAAGCAGCUGAGCUUGGAUGACGCAGAAUGGAUGCUAGCCUGCAUGCUUGUACUCUCGUGCUAUGAGAUGGCUCACUCUGGUGCAUCAGCAGCUGAGAUUCAUCGCUCGGCGGCGAGAUCACUAGUCAACACGCUUCCAACAGCCCAAUGUCGAAAAUCCAUGUUGUUCAUGUCGCUGAGAAACAUGCUUUCUACAUACGAAGUUUUCGCAUCUACAACUUGCUUUGACCUGGAGAGCGUCCAGGAUGCCAUCCUUCCGAUAUUCGAAGCGGGGACCGUUCUUCUGGACGAAAGUAUUCUCUUUGCCGAGUAUCUUGGGCUAUUGCACCAGGCUACUAUACUUGCACGUCAGCCUCACAGAGUCCAGGCCUCGAAUCGUGACUGGAGGACUGAUUUCGAGAUGGCUCGGGGAACAACUCUGAUGAUUGGAGGCAGGCUUUCCAUCACGGUCCAACAGCGCCGUGAUCUGAUCCGCCUUGUGGACAUUCAUCACAACGCCGCCCUUCUCUACGUGUCGCAAUGUCUAGGUUAUGGAACCACAUACGAAACGAUGUCAGCCUUUUCAGACCUCAAGAGGCAACUUCUGGCUUUUGACGAUAUCGCCGACUGGACACAUAAUCUUGCAUGGCCAGUAUUCAUUGCUGGCGUGGGAUGUCACGGAGACGAACAAGAUCAAAAGAUCGUCUCUGACCUGUACGAGACCAUCGUGCAGGUGACGAGACUCAAGUCAUACCGGGAGGUGCUUUGCUUUUUGCAAGACUUUUGGUCGGGAAGCGAGCCCGACUGGCAAGUGUUGGCGAGAGAGUGGGAACUGCUCGGCAAACGUGUUUUGCCAUACUGA